AUGGAUAUACAACCUAAAGAGAUUUCUUUGGAUGAGUCUAUUGAUUCCGGAAAAGGAAUCAAUUUUGAUGGAAGCAGUGACUAUGAUGCUGAUGAGGACAGCAAUAACGAUGAUGGAACAUCAAGUGCAUUAAGAAACCAAACUUUCGAUGAAUUUACAAGUUCUCAUGAUCAGAAGAACAACGAUGAAUUCAACGAAAAUGAUAAAAUUUUAUUUACAAAUCGAUUUAAUUCUAUGGAUGACCGUAAAAAAUGGAAAUUGAGUACGGAAAUUUAUGUUGAAAACAUAAUAUAUGAUUUGGGUAUGAAGUGCAAGUACCAUAAAAAUUAUAGAGACGAACAAUUACAUAUUACAGAUGAUUUAUUGAAAUAUAUCAAUACCUUUGCGAAAGAUUCAACAAAAGAUAUUCGGGAAGCUUUAUAUGCGCCUCACCCAAAAUUAAAUCGAAAUUAUGAUCCAUUCGCUGAUUUUGCUUAUGAACACGUUCGGACAACAGUAUCGGACUGGGUAAGAUUACUAGAAAUGCGGCCAAACCCACUUACCAUGAAUAACUUCUCGGAAAACUGGUUUAGAACCAACGUGUGGAGAACUUUAGAUGUAGCGUUUUCUGACAUGCCUUUUGUUUUUUUUGUUGGAGGUGAAAAGGCCGGGGUGGCGAGUUCAGAAAGGAAGAACCGAGAUAGGCAAUUAAGUAAUGUUGAUAAAAUGAAACGUAAGAUUGUUGGUAAAAAAGGGGAUGGUUACGUAAGAGAAUUUGGUUCAAAGCCUACUGAUUGGGCUGCAACAGAAGGCGGUAAUAGAUGGGAAGGCGUUAAAGGCACUAAACUCAUAAAAGAAUGUGGAUUGAGUCUACCAAAGACUCUAAAGGACAUUUUUAUAAGCCUUUCCCAUAGAAUAAAUUUUUGCGAAGAAAAAAUGCGUCAAAUUAGUGUGCCAGGAUUUUUUUUCUCAGGAGCAGUUUUAAUUAAAACCAAGCUCGACUUCCCAAGUGGUUAUGUAUGUAGAUAUACAAGGGAAAAGCCUCUUGAGGUUAAGGCAGACGUUACACAAUUUAAUAGAACGUUGGAUGCUUUGCUUGAGAUCUUACGAUCGAUGAAGAUUGUUAAUAACACGGUCAAGAAUGAGGAUAACUUAAGUAGGUGGAAAAACAGACGAAGGUAUGAUGAAUUUGUAAUUCCAGAUUGUCAUUAUACACCUAGAAAAGAAUCGCCAAAAGCCAG